AUGCCCGCUUCCAUUUGCGACCCAGUAACAAGCGCAUUGCGUUUAUCUCUUACACCAGACGAAUCCCAAAGUUCUUCUGUGCUGGACAGUAGACUUUAUUCGUCGGCAAAAAGUGUGCUUUUAUCGAAGAUUGAGUUUGAAGAAUCUGGUGAUUACCAAAGCAAUGUUCUUGAUGGGUUGAAGUCUAAGUACGUGGUGAUUCGACCUAAAAAACCCGUGCAUGAAAGUAAACUCAUCAAAAAAGAGUGUAGUUCAAACAGCCAAACAUCAGACACCAACAAAAAUGUAGAAGAAGGGUUGCCCAAACCCAAACGGGUGCUGUUCCCACUUGAAAAGGUUCACUUGGGAUGGCAAAAUGCAUGGGCAGCCGGUGCUGGCAUGCAGAAUGUGGGCAACACCUGUUAUUUGAACUCUACACUGCAGGCUCUAUUUCAUGUACCUGCCUUAGCUAAUUGGUUAGUCAUGGAAGUCACUCAUGCUGAGAAGUGUAAUCAACAAGAAGCAUGUGUUAUUUGUGGAAUGCGCGCGACAUUAAUGGCGACACAGAAGAGUGGUGGUGCAUCCAUCAAGCCCUGGCAGGUCUAUUCAAAGUUACGUCUCAUAUGUAGACAUUUGACACCAGGCAGACAAGAGGAUGCUCAUGAGUUCCUGAGGUAUCUGGUAGAGGCUAUGGAGAAGUGUUAUUUAAAUCGGUUCAUAAAUUCUGACAAAUUGGAUCAGUACAGCAAAGAGACUACUCCCUUAAAUCAAAUUUUAGGUGGCUAUUUACGCUCUACCGUAAGAUGUCUUGCAUGUCAUCAUCUAUCCACUACCUAUCAGCACUUUCAGGAUCUACUUUUAGACAUAAGAAAACACACUACAUUAGAUGAAGCAUUGGAGUCCUUUUUCUCUCGCGAACGGUUAGAAGAUUUAGGUUACAGAUGUGAAGCAUGCAAUAAAAAGGUAUCGGCUACAAAGCAAUUUUUUAUAGAACGGGCACCAAUGGUUCUUUGUAUAGCACUGAAACGGUUCUCAUUUGCUGGUGGCAAACUCUCCAAACAUGUGCAAUUCCGAAAGAAGAUCAGCCUCAACAAAUACAUGUACAACAAGAAUAAUCAACAACUGUCUUAUAAACUAGUGAGUGUAGUUACCCACUUAGGUCCAACUCAGAACUGUGGACAUUACACUGCUGUAGGACAAGCUCCAAAUGGUAAUUAUUAUCAAUUUGAUGACAGUUGUGUUCGGCCAAUACCACUUUCAGGAGUGUUAAGCACAAAUGCCUAUAUAAUGUUCUUUGAAAAAGAAAAUGUAACAGAAGAGAUAUCCGCAUCUACUGCAUCUACAUCUAGUAUAGUUUAUGGACCACAAUUACCUAAUAAUAUAUUAAAAAGAGAUAAAAGUCCCCUAAAACUUACAUUCUACAGAAAUGAGGACAAAAAACCCAUUCUCCUUAAUAGUACUUCGGUAGUAUCUGCAAAGUCAGAUAUGCCUAUCAUACUUAACAGUACACUUGGAAAAUCAUCAGAAAUAAAUAGUUCAAAUUCAGAGCCAUGGGUUGUAAAACAGAAUGGUGAAGUAGAAAAAAUUGUUCAACCUCCUAAGAUUUUGAAUGGAAUAGAUAAAAUAGAAGAUAAGAAAAUCAGUUUUGUAAUAAAAAGACAAAAUGGUGACGAAAGUGCUGCCAAGGCUAAGUUGUCCAAGAGCGAAUCAGAUCUUAGAUCAUUGACUGGUACAAAAAGUUUCGAAAAAUUUGCUUCCACUAGUAAACUAGUUAAGACACCAAAGUCACCUUUAGAAAAAUUAGAAGAACAAAUGAAUAGAAGCGAAUCGUCGGCCCAAUCGCCGAGGAAUGGUUCCACGGGCUCGAGACUUGUGCCCUACGACUCAGAGUCGAGCUGCGACGAGCGGACCGAUGCACAUGAUGAGGGGCGCCGGCCUAAGCCUAGCCGCUGUGAAUCUCCCCGUGGGCUUGUUGUCACCACAAAGAGCAUGCACCAUGCCUGGACCGUUUCCAGUGAGAAGAGUGGCCCCCUAUUGAGCCCUAGCUUAAAUGGAGUCACUAAUAAAAAAGUUAAAGAGAAGGAGGAGCGUCGAGACAAUGAACAGAGUCCCAAUACGAGUGUUAGUAGCAUGUCACCGCUCAGCGACAGAAGCGGGGCAGGUAUGGCGCCUCCUGUGUCUGCAACCGUCCUAGAAGCGCAAGCGCCAGCCCCCGCGCUCGGGUCCGUGCCUGGGCCCGCGCCCGCCACGGCUGCCGCCUCUACGGCCGCCCAAUCACCCGCGGCAGCGUCGUUGGACACACUGCGCCAUCUACAGGCCGUGUCACACCGCGGUUACGGCGCGCCGGUCCAUUCCUGGAGCGGAACUCACAGUGCACUAUCCCGACAGGUAUUUGACGAACGGCGUGAGGAGCGUAAACGAACAAUUGACGCUGCUGAUGAGAUGGACCGGGGCCGUAACAAAAAAGUUAAAAAAUUUCACAACUAUAAUAGGUUCAAUAGUAGUCGAAACGGGUAUAAUCCAUUUCAGGAAAAGCAAGAUAAGCCGCAUUGGGGUAACAAUUUCAAGUACCGAAACGAACGCCGCCCGCCCCACAACUUUAAUAAACAUCAUAGUAAUAAGUACAAGCGGUUUAACAGGUACAGUAAUAAUGGGCACCACUAUCCCAGACACCAUUGA